GUGGGCAUUUGGCUCAGUAACGAUAUCGACCCUCUUGGUUUCGCUCUGUUGGGUUUCGAGGCCUCAAAUUUUCCGUUCCCGGUCGCUGCCCAACGGCGACGCCGCCUUUUCUCACGUCUCUCGUCUCCAUUCCACCGCAUCUCAAUUUCUCGUUUAACAUUUGGCUGCACUUAAUCUCACUUUUGUGGUUUUCGGCUCUGUCCCUUAGAUGAUGCUACCUCUGUGAUAAGAACCGAAGUCAUGGAAAAACAAAAGCCGGAAAAUAAUCUACUAGAGAGCUGAGUUGCAAACAAAACCAUGGCUACUGCAAAGGAUGAUGGACCUACGGAGCAGCGUCCUGAUGAACUGGCUCAGUCACUUAAUGAUCUCUUCUCCAGCAUUUCAACCAUGGUCAAAUCAGAGCUUCAAGGGACCAACAAUCAUUUAGAGCUUCUGGAGAAGAUGAAUAUGAGAGUAGCAGAAGAGUACAAAGGCUUUGGUGAUUUGGCUUCUGGGCUAAGGGUAUACGUAGAGCAGUUGAAAUCCAAGAGUGGUAACUUUGAUGAAUAUGUUCAGCAAAUUGACGCUAUAGAGCAACAAGUGACUGAAUUUGAGGCUGUGGUGUCAAUGCUUGAUCAAUAUGUAUCCUUGUUGGAAUCAAAAGUACAUUCUGUGUGUCGGGAUCGAUCUACCUAAUUUACAUGAGAUUCAUUUGACAAGCUUGAUUGUGUUAUUUCGGCUGAGUGCUCUCUGAAAUUUUUCAAUUUCUUUUGAGAA